AUGACUAUUAGAAAGCCUCAUCCGCCCUUUGGGCACCCGAUGCGCUCAGCACACUUUCAAUUCGCACCCACUUAUAAACCGCUCAACCAUGGCUCUUUUGGUACACACCCAACCCCUGUACGGGAAGCGCACUACGCUCUUCAAACUACCGCAAUUGCACGACCCGAUACAUUUGUCUCAUUUAUCACAUUCCCUCUUCUCGCCAAAUCCCGCGCUGCAAUUGCUCCUUUGCUCGGAGUAAAUCAUGAUGAAGUGGUUUUCGUUCCCAACGCCACUACGGGUGUCAAUACCGUACUUAGAAACAUCAAAUUUGAGGAUGAAGAUGUAGUGGUGACGUUCUCGACGGCGUACCCAGCAUGCACCAAGACCAUAGGUGCCAUUGGUGAGAUUCUGCCGGUCAAGUGCGAGAAGGUCGAGUUGGUGUACCCGGUUGAGGACGAUGUGAUUCUAAAAUUAUUCAGGGAGAAAGUAAGAAGCUUGAGGGCGGGCGGGAAGCGGGUGAGACUGGCGAUGUUUGAUACGAUUUCAUCAUUUCCUGGAGCAAGGCUUCCAUGGGAGGAUCUCGUAGGGAUCUGCAAAGAGUUGGAUAUUUUGAGUUUGAUUGACGGAGCACAUGGUGUUGGAAUCAUCGAUUUGACUCACCUCAGCAAGGUCAAUCCGGAUUUCUUUGUUAGUAAUUGCCACAAAUGGCUCUACACCCCCCGAUCCUGCGCUGUCUUCCAUGUCCCGUUCCGUAACCAGCAUCUCAUCCGAACCUCAAUUCCCACCUCGCACGGUUACCAAUACCCUGGUCAACCUGAAAACACCAACGGUCGCAGUCCCUUCAUCUUCAUGUUCGACUACGUCGCAACCAUGGACUACACGCCUUACCUAUGUGUUCCAGCAGCAAUCGAAUUCCGCAACCAAGUUUGCGGAGGAGAAGUGAAGAUCCGCGAGUACUGCUACGAUAUUGCUCGGAAAGGGGGAGAUUGCAUGGCCGAGUUUCUAGGAACGCAGGUGUUGACCACAAAGAGUGAGACUAUGAGGCAGUGUGCGUUUGCUAAUGUUGAGCUGCCCCUAGUAUUCAGAAAGAAAGAGGAGGUAGACAAAGGUAAAGGAGAGUUGGAUGUCGAUGACGCAGUGCACAUUGCGGCUUGGAUCAAGAGAACAGCUGCGAUGGAGAUGGACACGUACUUUCAGACUGCGUUCCAUGCUAAGAAGCUAUGGGUCAGGCUUAGCGGACAAAUUUACCUGGAAAUAGAUGAUUACAAGUGGGCGGCGCCAAAGUUGAUGGAAUUGUGCGAGAGAGCGAAGAGGGGAGAGGCCAGUGGUAUGGCUCUGGCAGAUAGGGAAAAGGUGAUUACGUGA